AUGGCAGCAGUUUCAUAUCGUUCGUCGACAUACGGCCUACUCUACUACGACCCAGCCAGCCAGCAGAACCAAUCCGACAAAUCGCAAAGACUCUUCAGGCCGCGACGCGUGGGUCCAGGACGGAUUUGCAUCAAAUCUGUUGAUCCUAGAACCGAGCCACCAGAGAAGCUCAUCUUUCCCCUCUACAAGGAGCCGCAACUGCGGCCAUAUAGCGUCAAGCUGGCGCUCUCACGGGAAAACGCAAAGAGAUUCCUCCGCUCGGUUAUAGCUCCACCGAGCAGCAAUCCGUCCGAUACUUCGCUGACGGCACCGAGUGACACUCAGAGCAAGAGGAGGUCCUGGGCACCGGCAACCCGUUCUCAAUCACAGUCGGCUGAAGGCGGUGCGGAGGCAGAAGCAGAGGYGGCAGCAAACAUCAUGCGGUCGAGCAACCGGCAUUCAAUGAUUUCCGGGCCACUCAAUGCCGCCCAUCUCCAGAGACCCAGGCUGAACAGCGAUCUACGGGGCCCAAGUCUUGCAUCGCAACACUCAUCGAUGAGCGGGAAUUCACGGCAUGACACCGUUCCCGUGGAAGCAAGCGUUAUUCCGAAUCUGAACUUGGACGAUGAGAAGCCCAUUGUCUCUGGAAAUGGUGUGAGUGUGGCAAUACAUCUGGCAGAGCCCGUGCUUUUCCUACAGGGAUUCGAGAAUCCUGACCACGCGCCGGGAAAUACUGCAAUGCUACGCGGAGCACUACACAUACGUGUGCAGAAAGCUGCGAAGAUCAAAACUGUAUCGCUCAAGUUCAAGGGGACGGCGGUCACCAAAUGGCCCGAGGGAAUUCCGCCGAGAAAGACUGAGUUUGAGGAGAAAGACACAAUCAUGGCACACACCUGGCCAUUUUUCAAUGCACAGUUUGAAGGCGCUGAGAAGGGCAGCGGUGCUGAUCACGUGCAACUUUUCGGUCAGGAGCCGACGUCUAGCAGAUUCGACCCUCUGGGCAGAUCAUCAAACCACGGAUCCAGCGCCAACUUGAGCGCAAAGGAGACGAAAAAGCUGGCUCUCUCGAUCAAUCAGUCUCGCAGUUUUGGAAAGGGAGACGUACCGCCAGGUUCCACAGUUGCAUCGAAAGGAUACCGAACUUUCUUGCCUGGAGAUUAUGUAUACAAUUUUGAAUAUGCUCUAGACAGCAGGUUACCGGAGAGCAUUGAUGUUGAGCUUGGUUCUGUAAAGUACGAACUGGAAGCCACCGUUGAACGAGCAGGAGCCUUUCGAGCGAAUCUUCUGGGGAGCAAGACCGUCACCCUCAUUCGUGCUCCAGGCGAGAGCUCGCUCGAACAAGUCGAGCCGAUUGCUAUCAGUAGAAAUUGGGAAGACCAGCUGCACUACGACAUCGUGAUUUCUGGAAAGAGCUUUCCCCUGGGCUCACAGGUUCCGAUAGCAUUCAAGCUUACGCCGCUUGCAAAGGUGCAAUGCCAUCGAAUCAAGGUCCUGGUCACCGAGAAUAUUGAAUAUUUUUGCGCCGGCAAAAAGGUACAUCGCAUGGAGCCUACUAGGAAGGUUCAAUUAUUCGAGAAACGCGCGGAUCAACCGCCGCAGAGCACAUUUCCCGGUAGUACAAUGCGAGUUACCUCUGGUGGCGGUGUUCCGUACGAUCAACGUGCCCAGGCAGCAGCAGGUGAAUCUUACACUGCGGCCGACAGUUCUAAUCUGCUGGGAAACCUGACGGGCGACGAGAACAUUGGCCCAACCGAAAUGGAGUUCAAUGUCCAGCUUCCUAGCUGUCAAACAAUGAAGGAGGAAAGGCAGCGUUCGCACCGACUACACUUCGACACGACCUAUCAAAAUAUUCAGGUGCAUCACUGGAUCAAGAUUGUAAUGCGGUUGUCGAAACCUGAUGCAAAUGACCCGACCAAGCGCCGCCACUUUGAAAUUUCCAUCGACUCGCCAUUCCACAUCCUUUCCUGCCGCGCAACACAGGCCAACAUCUCGCUACCGGCGUACACUUCGCCAGAAGCGACACCGCAGGGCGCCAGUCUUUACGAAUGCGGCUGUCCUGGUGCCGCCCUUCGACGGAACUCGCCUCCAGGAUUCGUACCCACUCUUUCAUCCUUUGGCACGACAUCUUCAUCCGUAGCUAGCAGUGGGACCUCGACGCCUGCCGUUCCUUCUCCCGGCAUAGCUCGCCCGCCCACGAUCCAUGCCGCCAACCACAUCAACCGUGGAGUGCAACCGCAGGAGCGCGAAAGGCCAAUUCACUUGUUGAGGGCGCCGAGUUUCAACCCGCCGCCAUGGUCCGAACAGGAGCCUCCACCUCCACUCAUCACGCCACCGCCAGAGUAUGAGAGCAUUGCAAGCCCGACAAGCGGCAUGGCUGAUUACUUUGCUCGGCUUGGCAACGAAUACGAUGAUGAUGGUGACAGCAGUGAAGAUGAGUCCAGUCGAGCUGGUCGAGUGAAUGUGCCUCUCACGCCGGGAGGGAGAGUGAACAGGAGUAUGGAUUUAGGAAGAAAUGGAUGGAUACCCGUGGGCAGGAGUUGA